AUGUUUGGACAAUUCGUGGUCCAGGCACGAAACGAAUUGUCCAAACAUCUGGACUCCGGGGAGGACGAGCUAUGGAUCCGGCUUCUCUUGAAACGCCUACAGGAGGACGUGGAGAAGGCCCUCCGCAGCGCUCACCCGCAGAAGCCACUGGAGUUCCUCAGGAAGGCGCUGUUCUUGCCCGGGGCACGGCCGGACGAGCUGCAGGCCGUGAAGACCGGAUUGCACGCCGAGGAGCUGGCAGCAGCCGGCCGUGGCGACGAAGAAGUUCCCAGCCUGACCCGGAAGUGGACCGAGCAGUGGUCCGCCGUGGAGCAGCAGCGCGCCGCGGCGCGCGCGGAGCCCAUGGCGCUGCCCAUGCUGCAGCGCAGCUGGGCCAAGAUCAAGCAGGCCAUCGACAGCCGAGCCCCAAAGCGCUUGCAGGUUAUCCAAGAGCUGCUGGUCCGCGGCUUGGACCUGGACUUCGCCUCCCUUGGGCGGGAUCAGCCCUCCGUUCUCUGGCUUGCGGCUGCAAACAACGACCUGGAGGUCCUCCAGAUGUGCCUGGCUUGUGGGGCUGACCCCCAUCGCGACAGCAGCGGCGUGCUCCCGACGGAGGUUGCAGCUUCUACGGGCGCCCUCCAGGCACUGGCCCUCCUGCUCCGCAUCGGAGCAGUUCCGGGCCGCUCUGUGCACUUUGCGGCCGCGACCUCCCAGAUCGGAGCCCUCCGAGUUCUGAUCAACACCCGCGCCGAGCUGAGGACCCGCGUCCAUGGCCUUUCGGCCUUGGCAAUCGCGGUGGCGCGCGAUCACGACGAGGCCGCGAAGCUUUUGCUGGCCCAGACCUGGGGCCAAGAGCCGCCUUUGGGCCAAGCCGCCUGUGAAGCCCUGGGCUUGGAGGAGGGGAGCAACAUCCUCCACCUGGCGGCCUUGGGUGGCUUGGACCGAGCCUGCGAUCUGCUGCUGCAGCGCGGGGUCCGGCCGCAGCCUGCCGGGCUCCCGCGAGCCGCGGGCACGCAGUUCGCCCAGGAGCAGGUGCGCGCCGUGCUCGAACCGCAGCGCUGGACGCUGCUGCGGCGGCUUUGGCCCGAGGGUGCCACGAAGUCUUUGCCAGCCCAUCAGGCCUUCAAGCAGGUGCUCGACGAAUGCGGCUCAGAUCCCAAAGUGGUGGCCGUCUGUGCCGGGGUGGGUGUCCUUCGGCCGACAUCGCUUGCAGCGCUGAUGGACGAUGCCGAGGCAAUCAAGCUCCUUGCUGCCACGGACAUAUCGGAGGAUCCCCUUCCAGGUGCGAGUCCGUCCGCCCUGAUGUGGGCCCAGUGGUCGAGUUCCCAGCAAGCUGCCAGGGUCAUGCUUGAUGCGGGUGUGACUCUGAGCAAUGCAGACCUGGAGGGACUUCGACGCUUGGGACGGGCUCGACGCCAGUCGCAGGACAGCAAGACCGGCAGUGAUGCACCCUCUGCAGCUGCGCGUCUUCUGGAUCCCAGCGAUUGGAGCCUUCUACCCCAGGCAGUGCAGCACUUCGCCAGUGCAACUCCCUUAUCCCGACUGCAAGACCUACGAGAGAGGAUGCUCUUCGGCAUCAGCGAAGUGAGGCCAGCAGAUGCACCGGCAACCGGAGGUUUGCUGCCUGUACCGAUGCAGCCUCCAGCUUUGACGCGGGUAACCUCCAUCUCAGCGGAGCAGGAGGAAGCCGCAGCCAAGGAGGAAGUUGCUGCCUCUGCAUUGUUGGAUUUGCUGGGCCCCGCCAAAGCCAGCAUCAUCCGCUUCUUGGUGCAGAGAGAGAUCGCACAAGGUGAGGGCAGGUCGGGGCUGUCGGCCAUCCACCUCCUUGCGCUGCACGCCGCCGCGACCUUCGUGGACGUCCAUGCGCAGUGCCAGCUCUACAUGCCCCUCCUGAAGUCCGCUCUCGGCGCGCUGCCCAGCGCUCGGGGCCCCUGCUACCGCGCCGUCAUGCGGGGUUCCAGCAAGGAGGCCCCUUCCCUCAGGCAGUUCUCCCUGGGAUGCUCGGUCGGAUCGAAUCGAGGGGUGGGGUUUAGGGUUCAGGGUUUUAAGGUUUAG